AUGCCUCCUGGAGAUAAUUCAUCUGUUCGUUCAUUGAGAGCCGAAGGUGCCUUAAUCGAGAAAGACGGUGAAAAAGAUGUCUCGGUUGAAGACGGCAAGACUGAUGCACCACCCGACGGUGGUUUGGCCGCUUGGAGCGUGGUUUUAGGAGCCUGGUGCGUGGGAAUUUUCCAAGAAUACUAUCAAAAGGAUAUUUUGAGGCACUAUUCAUCCAGUACCAUCUCGUGGAUCCCAUCUCUCCAGGGGCCUUAUGUUGGCUAUAUAUACGAUCGUCAUGGGCCAAAACAUAUCAUCCUAGUCGGGACGUUUCUUCACGUCUUUGGUCUAAUGAUGGCAUCGAUAUCCAAGAAGUACUACCAGAUCCUACUUGCCCAAGGUAUUUGCAGCGCCAUCGGUGCCGCCGCGAUUUUUCAGCCGGCAUUGAGUAGUGUGAGUGGCUGGUUCGACAAGAACAGAGGUGUUGCCUUUGGAGUCUUAUCUACCGGUUCUAGUACCGGAGGAGUCAUUUUCCCAAUAAUGAUCACACACCUCAUUAGAAGAGUGGGCUACGGUUGGGCUAUGCGCAUAGCUGCAUUUAUGAUUCUUUUUCUGCUUGUUAUUGCAAACCUUACCGUCAGGUGCAGAGUGCCGCCACAGCCUAAGAAGCUUACCACACGUGAUUUAUACCAGCCAUUACGUGAGCCAAACAUGCUUCUCAUUAUAACAGCUUUUGCUCUACUCACUUUCGGUAUCUUCAUUCCGAUCAAUUACAUUGUGACUUGUGCAGUUGCGCAAGGAAUCUUCUUCGGUCGAUUUGUAACAGGCUUGGUUGCCGACAAGCUGGGCCGCUAUAAUAUGUGCAAUAUUAUCACACGACCACGGAUCUUUCCAUGGAAUGAAAGUAUUUGCUGGAGUAUUUUGUCUCGCAGGCAGUGCCUUCGCGGUUGCAGCUCGCUUGCAGAAUACUGGCCCCAAGCUUCUGUCCAAAUUCUGACACGCAUUGUCUUAUUUGUGCUUCAGACUGUUAGAAUGCAAGCGGGUGGGUGGAGAGGGCUCAUGCUCUUCAGCUAUGCCAGUGACUUAAUCAGCUGGUUGGUUGAGGUGAUUCUGAGUGACUUGAUAACGCUGUACUUCACUGACGAGACAAUGACAAACAAUGACCCUUCGCGAGGAGCCGGCCACCCGUUCUACUACGAGUCCGCUAGAAUCACGACUCCAUCCGGGGGCAGUGUGCCCAAGUCCGACGAGUUCGUGCCAAUGCUGCACGGGGGCAAAGCGUUCAUCCUCGGUUGCAGUACCACCAUCUAUGUCAUCCAGUAUGACCAUGUCAACGGCUCCAUCACUCGGUUCGUUCCGACGCCUAGCAACACCUCCACCAGUAAUAUCUGGCAGUCCAUCGUCAGUAAGAUCCCUGGUGUGACCAACACCGUCGACCAAGCCGUCCUGGCAGGUUCGUCGAGCCGGAGUGCGCAGGAAUUCGUAGACCAGGUCGCUCUCGCGUACAGCAAGGUGGUGCUUGCGGGGGGUGCUGAGAGCCUGGAGAAAUGGCCUGCUCUGGCUGUUCAGACUCGAAUAACGCCCCUCGUCACGCGGAUCCCAGCGGCGCCCUUGAUCACAUUGGUGGUCGUAGAUCUGCUAUACGUCGUCUGUGGGUUUGUCUCUGCGGCGGUCGCCAUAAUCAGCGCCCGGGGCUAG